CUCCGAGGUUCUCGCGUCGCAGUUCUGCUCCAUACCAGGUGGACUGGGCGUCUCCGGUUGCAGGGCGGUCAUUUCUUUCGAAACCUGAGGGGGGAUGGACGACAACAGAGGCCAGAGGAGGCAGAUUGAACCGCCCAUCUACUCCGCUUCUGGUGGCUCACGGCAUCACCCAUCGCUGCACGAGCAGCCACAGCAGCAAAGGCGGCCCUUCCCGGGCGCUCAGGGGGAGAGGUUUAGGCCAGCGCCCAUCAACACAUCACCAUCGGGUGCGGCGCGGGGGAUAGGCGGUUCAACUGGGUACAGCGGGUACUAUCAGGAUGCGUCGGGUACAAGCUUUCCGGCGACGGCGAUGCCCCAAGGAGCGAUGGGUUACCAUCACUCCAACGCCGAAUACGGGCAGCCGGACUCGCGGCAGACCCAGAGCUUCGGCGGCACGUACCCCCCGGCAAUGAUGUACCACGUACAGCAAACGGGAGGGCCACAGAGCGCCGCCGUGUACGAUGCGAGUCAACAGUUUUCAUCCCGGCAGCCUGCAGGCUUGCCGAUGAUGGCGACCGAUGUCGCGGGUCCUUACUUCUCAAGCGAGCCAACCACCGCGGCUGCCACGUCCAACCUGCAGGGCCAGUCGGGCUCUUCCAGUGCACCUCAAGUAUAUCAGCAGUCGGGAAUGCACGGCUAUUCGACCGGAGGCAUGGGCGCCAUCGGAGGGAUGGCUGCGCAAACGACUCCCGCCACUGACGUGAGAAUGGAGGAAGAGUACCCCGCUGGCACCGGCCUCGACGACGCUUACCUCAGCUACCAAACGGCGCUCAAGGAAAUCUUCCAAAACAUUCGGAACGGCGUGCUUGCGACUGCCAGCGAGUCGCUCCUUAACAUAUCCGAUUGGCUGCUUUCGCAUGUUGUGGAGUUGGGCCUCACUUCCGACGAUCAGAGUCUGCAUAGCGGGCGGAUCAAAUUGUGGAACGAUUUCAAUCACGCCUGGCUGGCCAUGUUUCAGCGACAGAAAGAGAUGAUGGAAUCCGGGCAGCAAAUACAGCGCCCACAGAGCCUCAUCUCACGAGAAGGACUCCAGAAGAUGGGCAAGGAUCUGGUCAGGCUCUGUGACAGCGUGGAAAGGCACGGCCUGGUUGAUUACCAGUACGGGGUAUGGGAAGAACAGAUUAUCGACAGUAGGUUCCUCUGCCAUGGUUAUCGCCAUACCGCGUGGCGUCUUGUUGCUAACGAAUGUUGUGACAGUACUUGAGGAGUGUUUGGACCUCUACGAGGCUUCUAACGCACCGGGCGGCCCCAGCGAGGGGAGCCCCUCCAAUCGUCGUCGCUGAGACGCAAUAUAUAUCACGGAAUUAUGCUGACCGACCGGCCUCUUGCCUUGGCUGGCUUUUUCG